AUAUCAUAUGAGAAAAAAAAUUCUAAAACCAUGAUAUCAACUAAAAUAAAGUAUAUUAUAAUAUUUAUAAUUUAUUUUUCAAACUUUUGUUAUUCCAAAUAUGUUCCUAGUGCAAGAUAUGGAACUUCAUGUGUUUUGGAUAAAAAUAAUAAUAUUAUAUAUUUUAUAGGAGGAGAAUCGGGUGGGACAAAAAAUUGUUUGAAUGAUUUCUUUUAUUUAACAUUACCAGAUUCAAAUAUGCAACCAAUAUUCGAAGAAAUAACAGAACCACCAAAAGAAUAUUGUUGGUCAUCAUUGUCAUUAGCAGAAGGUGGAAAAAAAAUUUAUAUCUUUGGUGGAACGAAUGAAACAAUAAUUUUUUCUUAUGAUUUAUAUGGUUCAAAGCAGUGGAGUAUACCUAAAAUUGAUGGUAUUGCUCCUGAAGGUAGAAAUCAAUUUCAAACAGUAUCUGAUAAUGAGAACAAUUAUUUGUACAUUUUUGGUGGUGAAAAAAAUAACAAAUUUUUUAAGGAUAUGAACAUAUUAAAUACAAAAUAUUCUUCUUGGAAUAAUAUGAUGAUUCUUGGUGCUCAAAAAAUUAUAAAUGUACCUUAUUGGGCCGAUUAUACUGCUAUAAUGUUAUCAAGCGGUGAAAUCGUUUAUAUUGGAGGAAGACAAUCCACCUCUCCAAACGGUUUAAAUGUAUCUUUUGCUAAAAUGAAUGAAAUUUAUGUCUUCAAUACCAAAUCAUCAAGUUGGGAUAUAAUCAAUACUAGUGGAAAUGUUCCUGAUUCCCGUAUUGGACAUUCGGCAGUUUUAAAUUCAAAUAAUGAAAUUAUUGUAUACGGAGGCGCAAGCAGCGAAGACUUGGUAACUCUAGCUACUCCAGAUCUUGUAAUUCUCUCUAUAGCUUCAAAACCUUAUCAAUGGAUAAUACCUAAAGUUGAAAAUGUGCCAAAAUCUCGUUCAUUUCAUUCGGCGGCAAUAGUCGGAAAUUUCAUGAUAACUACCUUCGGUUAUAUAGCAGGAACACAAAAUGAAACAAAUUUGAUAAGUAUAUUAGAUUUUAGCGACACCACAAAUGUUCGUUGGACAUCUUAUGAUAUGAUUCAAGCAAGUCAAACAGAUAAGGAAGAAACGGGUUUAAAAGAAACUUUCAUAUCUCAAAAUUUAGCCGUCAUUUUAGGUGGUACAAUUGGUGGGGUUGUAGUAUUAUCAGUUAUAAUAGUUGUUACAAUCUUAUUGUAUAAAGCAUGGAGAUCUCAUAGUAAUAUGAGAGGAAGACACCAACUUCCUUCUAGUCAAAGCUCUUAAAUGCCGAUCUGAUCUUGUAGAGUAUAAUAGGACAUUAAGCUCUUUAAAAAAUGGUCGAUUAUCUUUGAUAGAUAAGCCUAAAAUAGAUUAAUUACGAUUAAUAACAAUUAUAACAAUUGUACAUAAGCUUCUUACUUUUUUUCGCUACUCUCAAAAAAAGAAGAAAAUGAAUUUCCAAUUUGAAUGUAAACUAUCCUUUUAUCUACUUAUUUUGUACAUUAUAGACAUUUAAUUUAAUUCUAUUAUUACCUAAUACAAAUAUAUCACGCAAUAAGAGGCGCAGUUAAAAAUGGUAUUCGUCUUGUCUAAAAUUGUCGAACAAAUAGUAAACAUUUACUUAAUCAUAUGAUAUACAUUUAUGGUAUCACCUUUAAGUACUUACCUAAUCUUCUAAUCUUCGUUCAAUAAUAGUAAUUUAUGUUUUUAGAUUAGGUUGUAAAGGAUUUUUAUAGAAUUUUAUUGGGCAUAUCUAUCUAUAUAUGAUUGUUUUUUAUUAGUUG